UGUCAAACGGUCACACUGAUCUUUAAUAAAAGUCAGACGCUAACGCUACGGGAACUUUUUGUCAUUUGUUUUAUUCUAAUAUGUUGAGAAAGUGUUUCUAUUUAAGUGCAUUGCGAACUCCAGUCGAGCGCCAGUAAAAUCACAUAUUUUGUGCUGAAUAAACAUCAAACGUAAACAAACAAUUGUGAUGCGAAAGACCCGCUCGCAAACUCAGGCGGAAAAUGCCGCUUCUACCACAACGCAGCAAUCAACGCCAACUGCAGUAAACACAUUUGAUGCGGCAAAAUUCAAGGAAUGUGAGCAAAUGGUGCAGAUGCUACGUGUUGUAGAGCUGCAAAAGAUUUUAUCGUUUCUAAACAUUUCCUUCGCUGGACGAAAAACCGAUCUGCAAGGUCGCAUCCUAUCGUUCCUGCGCACUAACUUGGAGCUACUCGCACCCAAGGUACAAGAAGUCUACGCUCAAUCCGUGCAAGAACAAACACCCACGCUGCAGUACAUAGAUCCAACCAGAAUGUACUCGCACAUGCAGCUGCCGGCUGUGCAGCCAAAUAAUGCGAGUCUCGUUGGUGGUGCACCGACACAGGUGCCGCAGGUGGGCACCGGUAAUCCCGCCCAGAUGCAAGUCGGCGCUGGCGGUGCACCCGGCAAUAUGCUACCCUUCCUUCACACGCACGGUAUGAACAGCCAGAUGCCCAUACAUCCAGAUGUGCGUCUGAAAAAGCUGGCAUUCUAUGAUGUCCUCGGCACACUGAUUAAGCCAUCAACCCUGGUGCCGCGCAAUACACAGCGUGUGCAAGAGGUGCCUUUCUAUUUCACACUGACGCCCCAGCAGGCCACAGAGAUAGCCACAAAUCGAGAUGUCCGUAAUAGUUCAAAAGUGGAGCACGCCAUACAAGUGCAGCUGCGAUUCUGUCUCGUGGAGACUUCGUGCGAGCAGGAGGAUUGUUUUCCGCCAAACGUCAAUGUCAAAGUAAACAACAAAUUAUGUCAGCUGCCUAAUGUCAUUCCUACAAAUCGCCCAAACGUGGAACCAAAACGUCCACCACGGCCAGUGAAUGUGACCUCAAAUGUGAAAUUGUCGCCGACAGUAACAAAUACAAUAAUGGUACAGUGGUGCCCAGACUACACACGUAGCUACUGCUUGGCUGUCUAUUUGGUAAAGAAGCUGACAUCCGCACAGCUCUUACAUCGUAUGAAGACAAAGGGCGUCAAGCCUGCAGAUUACACGCGUGCUCUGAUUAAGGAGAAGCUUACAGAGGAUGCGGACUGCGAGAUAGCCACGACCAUGCUGAAGGUGUCGCUUAAUUGCCCGCUGGGUAAAAUGAAAAUGUCACUGCCGUGUCGCGCAUCAACCUGUUCGCACUUGCAGUGCUUUGACGCCAGCCUCUACCUGCAAAUGAACGAGAGAAAGCCCACCUGGAAUUGUCCUGUGUGCGAUAGACCAGCCAUCUACGAUAAUUUAGUAAUUGAUGGCUAUUUCCAAGAGGUAUUAGGAUCCUCGUUGCUAAAGAGCGAUGAUACCGAGAUUCAGUUGCAUCAGGAUGGCUCGUGGAGUACACCAGGCCUACGUAGCGAGACUCAAAUACUAGAUACGCCAUCAAAGCCAGUUUCUAAAGUGGAGGUCAUAUCGGAUGAUGUUGAACUGAUUGACGACACCAAGCCGAUGAAGUCUGAUCUGUCUCCAAUGCCCGAGGAGCAGCCCACGUCCACUUCAAAUAGUGAAACCGUGGAUCUAACCUUAAGUGAUUCGGAUGAUGAUAUGCCGCUGGCCAAGCGGCGACCCCCAGCUAAACAAGCGAUUGCCACGUCCACAUCGAACGGAACGGGCGCAGUUCAACGUGGCUACGCCUCGUCUCAGCAGCCUCAAAAAACUGAUUCCCCCGAGCAGCAAGCAAUGCCAUCGCCUGAAACGCUACAGCAACAACAACAACAGCAACUGCUAGUUGGGGACCAACCGGCAGCUGCAAUGCAUGCGAGUCUAUUGGAGUCUCUCGCCGCAGCAGUUGCGGAUCAAAAGCAUUUUCAACUCCUGGAUCUGGCUGCAGUGGCAGCCGCUGCUGCUGCCACAGCGUCUGCCUCAGCGCAGAAUCCAAACGGAGCUCCAUAGACAAACACACACACCGCCAACAC